UGUUAUCUUUGUGCAAAAGUGUUUUGUCAUUUUGCACAUUCAGACUAGGCUCUAGACUGUUUUGGGAACCAAAUUAGUUUGAUUGAUACCGCCAAUUAGAAAUCAGAUAAAUACGAAUAUAAGUAAAUAUUUCAUUUUGUCGGGUACAAGUUAUUUGAUUAUUAAAGGUUCUAAAGAUGUUUCUCACACGCUCUGAAUACGAUCGCGGAGUAAAUACGUUUUCUCCAGAAGGAAGACUUUUCCAAGUGGAAUAUGCUAUCGAAGCCAUUAAGCUGGGAUCUACUGCCAUUGGCAUAUGUACAUCAGAAGGGGUCGUUUUGGCUGUUGAGAAACGGAUUACUUCUUCACUAAUGGUGCCAAGCACAGUGGAAAAGAUUGUUGAAGUCGACAAACACAUUGGCUGUGCCACAUCUGGAUUAAUGGCUGAUGCCAGAACAUUAAUAGAGAGGGCACGAGUCGAAUGCCAAAAUCACUGGUUUGUUUAUAAUGAACGCAUGUCUAUUGAAUCUUGUGCUCAAGCUGUAUCGGCACUGGCUAUACAGUUUGGUGACAGUGGUGAUGGCGGUUCAGCUAUGAGUCGACCAUUUGGUGUGGCCAUUCUUUUUGCGGGCAUAGAAGAAGGAAAGCCACAGCUUUGGCACAUGGAUCCAUCCGGUACAUACAUUAGAUAUGGUGCAAAAGCCAUUGGUUCCGGAAGUGAGGGUGCUCAGCAAAAUUUACAAGAUAAUUAUACCGCUGAAAUGAGCUUAAAUGAUGCCAUUGUCUUAGCAUUAAACACUUUGAAACAGGUAAUGGAGGAUAAAAUAAAUUCGACCAAUGUUGAGGUGAUGACCAUGACGUCGGAGAAACUGUUCCGCAUGCAUACAAAAGAAGAAGUCGAGCAAAUAAUAAGUGACUUGGCUUAGAACAUCAUCUUUAUUAUAUUAAAGCAUCCAAUGUAAAAGUAAUUUUUAAAAUGUAAUAUUUCUUUCUAUAAUUUUAUGAACUGAAGGUUCAACAAGGGCAAAUACAAAGUUUUCAUUAAAAAAUUCAA